AGAUAUGAGUGAAAUGGAUGGCUUUAUUUGGUAUAUAAACAUGAGGAAAAAAACAGAAAUGAGAAAUGAAAUCAGUACUGCGGGAAAGUAAUGGCAACCAAAAGUGUGAACUUCCAGCGGCCUCGAACCACAAGGAAACUGUUUUAUAAUCUACCUGUAAAUAAAUGAUGUCUCUACUACAAGCCACGAACUCGGAAGGCGCAUAUAUGCGUUCUGAAUCACGUAGUCGGUAUCAAUAAUAAAAUGUGAUGAUCCAUUUCGUGAAAAAUUCCCAACUGUUUAUUAACUUACAUAUUCGUUGUGCAGCAAAAUAAGUUUGUACAUAACAAAACGGUCAGGUCGUUAGAAACCAUUACUGCCUCGUUACAAUGGGGAACGCUCCACCUCGAAAUUCUUAUAAGGUAGAUCCAGACUAUACCUCAACCGGAAGUACGGAGAGUUUACCCUCCCCUAGAUGUUAUCGUUACAACCUAACUCAGGGCAAAAGUCAAGGCCAAUACGUCACGCCAACUAUGACAAUGAAAAUAUCAUGUGAAAACUUGCAACAUCUUUGUUGCAGUCCAGAUGGGACGGUUUGGGUGUGUAGACGACCUCAGAUACUCCAGCUUAAUUCAAAAGGUCAACAUCAGCUCGUUUUAGAAGUCAAAAUUGAGAUUUGUGGUUUGGCUGCAAGUAAAAAGGGCUCCCUAGUUUUCACAGAUGGGAAAAACAAGCGUCUCAUAUGUACGGAAUUUAAUGAUGACGUCAUCACUAAGAAAGUCAUGUCCACGGAUGACUGGUACCCAAUCGGCGUCUGCUGUGCCGAAAAUGGUGAUAUCUUAGUUGGACUUUUUAAGCCAGAGGAACAGGGGAAAGUCAACCGAUAUGGCGUAAAUGGAGAAACAAGAGAUGCUAUGCAACAAGACAGCAGUGGGAGUCAGUUGUUCAAAUUUCCAGCUUUUGUCACUGAGAAUGGAAAUGGCGAUGUUGUCGUUUCUGACCACCUUAGGCGCUCUGUGAUUGUUGUCGAUCGAUGGGGAAGGUAUCGAUUCACAUACACUGCAGAAAAGUUAAAUCGCCCGGAUGCUGUUCCUUUCUUACCGUUUGGAGUUUGCUGCGACUCAUUAUUGAACAUCAUAGUCUCUGAUUGUUGCAAUGACUGUGUACAUUUAAUAUCCGUGAAUGGUGAGUUCCUGCAUCUGUUGUUUGAUAAGACAAGUGGGUUGUACCGUCCUGUGGCACUAUCCAUGAGCUCUGAAGGAAAACUGUAUAUAGGGGACAGAAAUGGUAUAAAAGUUUUCGAAUUGGACAGUCAUAGAUCAUCUGUAGAGGAUGGAAAAGGUUCAAGGGCUAACAGUUUCUCAUCAGUAGGGCAAUACAGGAUUUCUAAUGACAAUGAAAAACUGAAGAAGUUAGAGAGUUUUCAAGUUAUGUGUAAAUCAAAAAGCUCAUUAAGUCUAAAAUUGACAACAGCUGAAGGUAACAAUCACAAUUACAACUUUGGAGUAGGAACUCCUUCGAGUCGAUCCAAGACACGGACUCUUUCAAACCUGCCAAGAAAUAACCCAAACAUUGCUGUGUCCCCGAACACGUCCAGAAAUAAGGCAAGUACUUUACCAAGAGUCACUGCUUUACUUAGCAAAUCAGUUUCAAAUUUGAAUACCAUUGCUUCAACUAACAAGUCAGACAUCGUAAAACCAGUAUCAUCAUUCAAAACAUCUACAGCGUCUUUGGCAUCACCAAAAGUUUCUUCGAAGCAUUCAACUGCAUUAAAAGAUAAACCAAACGCACUGAUGACUUCUACAUCCUUAGUUAACAUUUCCCCUCAAGUUUCUAGAUCACAGGCAAAAUUAAAUUCAGCCGCGCAGUUAACUGUAUCAACAAAGACUACUUCUGAAGAAUUAUCGAACAAAAUGAAAGAAGUAUCGGUGUCCGCAUCAUCAAACAAAUCAUCGCCAGCUACGCUGGUGGUUUCAUCAUCAAAUAAGCAACCAACAUCAUCACACAUAUCAAAAACUAUUCAGACUUCAAAUGCAGUAGCAAAUAAACCAGUGGCAUCAAAAACGACUAUGUCAUCAAAAGGGUCUGUGACGCCAAAAUCGAAUGUCACUGAAAAGGUUAAGUCAAAAGCUGGUGUUCUUUUUGUGGAUUCAGCACCGGAGGCGCUUGAGUCCUCUAAAACAUUGAACAACAAUGUCGGUUCAAAAAAAGUAAUUCGUGAAGAGACUCGGGAUGGACAAGAACCUGCCAAUGUUUCAAAACCAAUUCAAGCAAAUUCAGUGGAAUGUGCAAAUGAAAGGUCUGACAAGACCGAAAUAAUCGAACACACAGAAACAAAAACAAAAAAGGAAGAUCCUUUACAAAGUAAAUCGUGUACGGACAUUAACAAAAGGAUACCUUUAAAAGUGUCUGAUGAAGACAAUCCAUCGACAAAAUCGUCAACCUUAAGUAAAAAGAAAGUAAGAGAUUCUAACAUUAUUGAGUCUACAAGAAUAUAACCGAGAUAUGUGUUUUUAAAUUCGUGGCAUCUUUAUGGAAAUUUAUAGUGAAAAUCAAGGAAAACAUCUAACAUUACACAGAAUAUAAUAUAUUAUGUAUAUAAUGAAAGAUGCUCUUCUUAUCAUCUUUGUGGAACCUUUUAAACUUAUGUAAGGUGCAAUAAGUUAUUUCAAAAUUAUUCUAAUAAGAAACUUGCAUUGUUGUGCAGUUUAUUGACUAUAACUUUUACGAUUUCAGUAUGAAACUUUUAUUUUGAAAAGGAAGCACUUGUGAUCUACAUUUUAAAGAGAGUAAAUUUCCAAAAAAGGAAGCAAUGGGACUCAUUUGGUUUGUAGAAAAGUAAUUUCUUAAAUUACAGUGAUAUGCAAGGGGUCUUAGAGUACGGUUGUAAACGUGCUUGGUUUGGACUUUUAACAGGUUAAUUGUUUAAUUUUAGCAAUUUAUAUUGAGAUCAUUCACUUUCUUUUAACAAAUCCAACAACAACACUUUCAAUCAAAAUCUUUAUCUUUAUAUAAUAAAAAAAAUGAAACCCCAAUUUGCAAAGAAGAUUAUGCUGCAAAAAUAAUUUAUCAAUUACCCUUUGAAACAGUUUGUCCAAUAUCUUUGUUCAGAACCUACAAUUAAAAUACACAUUACCCAUGUAUGAACAUUGCAAUUAUAG